CCUGUCGACUCAGCGAGGCAGCCAGGUGCUUCAGCAAGAGGGGACCCAUGGUGACAGAGGCUGCAGAGAUAUUCAUGAGGAAAAUUAGAAGUGAAAAAGGCAGUACCCCGGGAAAAAUAUUCCAAAGUCUCCUCCCCAACCACAGGAGCUUGACUGUUGUAAACAUGGCGGCCGCUGUGUGCAGAGUUCUGUCCUUCACUAGGAACGCUAAGGUGCUCGUUCAGCCAGUGAGGUUGACUGCUGUACCCGUCCACCGAUACAGCGUGGAGGUUUCAAGUACCGGCGAGCCUAUCACUCAUACCGGCCAGGUGUUUGAUGAUAAAGACCCAAGAAGAGCUCGGUUUGUCGGAAGACAGAAAGAGGUGAAUAAGAAUUUUGCCAUCAACCUUGUGGCAGAAGAGCCAGUGACACACUUGGAGGCCAGAGUGGUGUCUUGUGAUGGAGGCGGAGGAGCACUUGGACAUCCCAAAGUCUACAUCAAUUUGGAUAAGGACACAAAGGUGGGGACGUGUGGCUACUGUGGACUGCAGUUCAAGCAGAAGCAUCAUCACUGAAGCAUCAGCCCUGUAUUUGCUUCUCUGUAUAAAAUAAAUUAUGUUGUCUAACGGGGA